ACCACUGUCCCUCAGGUUGCAUUCCCUCCAUGGCAGGAAUGAAAUCCAGCAGGUUCUGACAGGUUCCGGAGAACCGGUAGCGGAAAUUUUGUGUAGUUCAGAGACCUGGCAAACACUACCUCUGGCUGGCCCCGGAGUGGGGUGGGAAUGGAGAUUUUGCAAUAUCCUUCCCCAAGGAGUGGGAAGGGAAUGGGGAUUUUGCAGUAUUCUUCCCCUGGAGUGGGGUGGGAAUGGAGAUUUUGCAGUAUCCUUCCCCUGCCAUGCCCACCAAGCUACGCCCACCAAGCCACACCACGGCCACCAAGCCAUACCCACAGAACCAGUAGUAAAAAAAAUUGGAUUUCACCACUGCUCCAUGGCCUUCUGGUUGGCUGAGAAAUUGUAGAAGGCUUAGUUUAUGAGUGUAGGCUAGCCCAAACAAAGAGUCCUAUGGUAGGAUCUUCUCAGAGUAACAAAAUGUAUUUUCUUUCUUGAGUGUUAACUUUAAUAGCACUAGCCAUAGCACUUAAACUUCUAUAACCCUUCAUAGCGCUUUACAGCCUAAGCAGUUUACAGAGUCAGCCUAUUGCCCCCAACAAUCUGGCUCCUCAUUUUACCAACCUGGGAAGGAUGGAAGGUUGAAUCAACCUUGAACCAAUGAGAAUCGAACUGCUGGCAGUCAGCAGAAUUAGCCUGCAACGUUGCAUUCUAAUCACUGCGCUAUCACUUUCAUUCAAAACUUUUUGCAAACAUCUUUGCCAUGAUCUGGCAACAGCACUUAACAACAGAGGACAAGUUAAAUACUUCAGAGUUGAAUUCUAUGAAGCUAUGGAUGAUUAUACGUCAGCUAUACAAGCACAGCCAGAUUUUGAAAUCCCUUAUUACAACAGAGGAUUAAUAUUAUAUAGGCUAGGAUUCUUUGAUGAAGCCUUGAAGGAUUUCAGGAAGGUGUUAGAACUAAAUCCUAAAUUUGAAGAUGCUUCUUUGAGUUUAAGGCAAACUCUCCUUGACAAAGAAAACAAGUUAAGAAGAGGUUAUUGAAGUCCGGUGUGUAGAAGAAAUAGGUUUUGAGAUUGGAAUAUUUGGUAAAGAUGUAAAUUUCCUAGGGUGGUGGUGGUUAAGGGUGUUACUUCUCAGUUUUGAAUAGAUCAAUUUCCAUGCAAAGUAAUCCUUAAGGUAUCAAACACUUGGCAUGACUAUUUACAGCACUUUAAUUACAUGCAGAUUUAUUUUAUUCUGUAAAGUAGUUUGGCCCUAUCAAAUUUCCUUGAUAAUCAGCUACUUCCUCAUUAGAAUAAUAUUACACUGCAUUAAUAAGCAAUAUCAAAGAUAUGAAUUAGUGCAGAACUUCUACAUGUGAACAUUGGUGAUUCCCCAUAAUGCCUAGUAAUAUUGAUUGGUUUCAAAAAUAUAUUAUUUUAAUAAGCAAUUAGAUUUGUUACACAAUAUAUGAAGCUUUGGUUAUUUCUGCUCUCAAAUUACGGAUUGGUGCUCUUAUUGUAUUCUCAUUGCUGAAAUUAGGCUGAGAGAGGAUGGAUUAUGUAAUAUGUGCACACCCAACUCUAAAUGUGAGGUCUUAUAUCUAGUGCAAUGAAAUAUAUUUAUUUGUGUAAUCCCAAUACUUCAAUUAAAAAUUAAACUCUUUUUUUAAAAAAUGUAUUCUUGAAAAACCUUGUAGUAGCACAUUUUAAAUCUCAAAUAUGACCGA